CUUUAGUCCAUCCACCCAUCAUAUUCAUAGCCCUGUCUCUUUCUUUUUCCCUUUAGUCACGCUACCCAAACAAUAGCCCCACAAAUCCCUCUAUUUUCUUCAAAUUCACAUCUUUAAAAUCCCCAAAUAUCUCUCACAACCUCACAAAGAUUCAAAAUUUCCAUCUGGGUAUCACUCAAAUCUCAAAAAGAUUCAAAAUUUCCAUCUGGGUAUCUCUCAGAUCUCCAAAACAUCUUCAAAAAUUCAAGAAAUGGAACCGUUAAUGGAUUCCGCCACCACUCCCCACCGUACGCCGUCGUUUAAGGAAGACACCUACCACCUCCACAACCUUAAACCCUCCGAAAAGAAAGCACUACAAGAACUCAAAGACAAACUCACCACCACUUUCGAUGGUGAUGCAUCCAUGUGGGGCAUCCCAUUGCUACCAGCAACCACAGGUAGUACUGAAAAAGCUGACGUCAUCCUGCUGAAGUUCUUACGUGCAAGAGACUUUAGGGUCCAAGAUUCUCUCAGCAUGCUUGUUAAGUGUCUUUCUUGGAGGAAAGAGUUCGGAGCUGACAACAUUGUUGAAGAGGAUCUUGGGUUUAAGGAUCUUGAAGGUGUGGUGGCUUAUAUGAAUGGGUAUGAUAGAGAGGGUCACCCUGUGUGUUAUAAUGCUUAUGGUGUGUUUAAAGAUAAGGAAAUGUAUGAAAAGAUUUUUGGGGAUAAUGACAAGUUGAAGAAGUUUUUGAGGUGGAGAGUUCAAGUUCUUGAAAGAGGGAUUAAAAUGCUGCAUUUUAAACCUGGUGGGAUUAAUUCUAUUAUUCAAGUUACUGAUCUUAAAGAUAUGCCUAAAAGAGAGCUUAGGGUUGCUUCUAAUCAUAUCCUCUCUCUGUUUCAAGAUAAUUAUCCAGAAAUGGUUGCUCGCAAGAUUUUUAUCAAUGUCCCAUGGUAUUUCAGCAUGUUGUACUCAAUGUUUAGCCCAUUUUUAACUCAAAGAACCAAAAGCAAGUUUGUGCUUUCUAAGGAAGGAAAUGCUGCAGAAACUCUUUACAAGUAUAUUAGCCCAGAGGAUGUACCAGUACAGUAUGGUGGACUGAGUCGACCCAGUGAUUUAAACACUGGUCCACCCAAACCAGCUUCUGAGUUCACAGUCAAAGGGGGAGAAAAAGUCAAUAUUCAAAUUGAGGGCAUUGAGGCGGGUGCAACAAUAACUUGGGAUAUUGUGGUCGGAGGGUGGGAUUUGGAAUACAGUGCCGAGUACGUUCCCAUCGCCAAUGGAAGCUACACGAUCGCGGUGGAGAAGUCAAGGAAGAUGGCCCCCACCGAAGAGGCGGUUCACAACUCUUAUACCGCUAAAGAAGCGGGAAAGCUAGUGUUGUCGGUGGAUAAUUCGGCUUCGAGGAAACGAAAGGUGGCGUCGUAUCGGUACCUAGUAAGAAAGUCUCCGGUUGUGAUGUGAGUUUGUUUUGAGAUAUGAUGUUAUGGUCUAAUUUUAGUAAUUUUGGUUGUAAUGAAGUUAUGUGUGUCUUUGUAAUAUGUGACUUGUAAGUUUAACGGAGGAAACGGUUGUAUUACAUUCCUUAUUUAGAAUAAUAAUAGGUUAACAUAUUCAUGUUGCA